AUGGGUGUCGCCAUUACACAAACCGCCUCGAUUGAGAUCCAGGCCUCCCCAGAAACAGUCCGGUCCAUCUUCCUCGACUUUGCACGCUACGACCAAUGGCAAGACGUCUUCGACAUCCAGCCAGCAACCACGGGACAGAGCCCCGUCGACCUGAAAAAGGGAGACAACCUCCGCGUCAACAUGCAGGGCUUCACCUUUCGUCCUCACGUUGAAGCCAACGCGCCCGACGUCUUCACGUGGGUCGGCUCGAUCCCGCCCCUCCUCUGGGGCACGCACCACUUCCUCUUCACGCCGAGCACCGAGACCCCCGGCGGCACGACGUUUGUGCAGCGCGAAGACUUCGAGGGGCUCCUCGCCGUGCCGUUCUGGCCGUGGCGCCACAGCUUCAAGCCGAGCGAGCCCUGGGCGCGGUUCAACGCCGGGCUGAAGAGGGAGGCGGAGCGUGUCUCGGGGCGGGGCUAG